CUUCCCUAAGUACAAAAUAGAGUAUAUAUAUAAAGGAGGGGUUAGCCUUUUCACAAGGUCGAAGCUAGCUAGUGUUCAUGCAAAUUGCAUCUGAGGAAUAUAUGCUUAAUUAGAGAGUGAAAGAGAGAGAAAAAAGGACAGAGAAAGUGGACUUCCUUGUCUGUCUGUGUCAUAAACUCAAGAACCCUAGCUAAUCUCUGAAUCUAUCAAGAAAGCUCUUUGUCUCUUCUUUUUAUUCUCCUUUGAUUUUGCUACAUAACCCUUUGAGGAAAGCAAGAGAGGAACAAGAAAGAUGAUGAGCCUAAGUGGAAAUAGUGGGAGACCAAUAGGGAGGCCUCCAUUUACACCAACUCAAUGGCAAGAACUGGAGCAUCAAGCCUUAAUUUACAAGUACAUGGUCUCUGGUGUUCCUGUCCCACCAGACCUCAUCUUCUCCAUUAGAAGAAGCUUGGACUCUUCCUUGGUCUCUAGACUCCUCCCUCACCAACCACUUGGGUGGGGAUGCUACCAGAUGGGAUUUGGGAGGAAGCAAGAUCCAGAACCAGGGAGAUGCAGAAGAACAGAUGGUAAGAAAUGGAGAUGCUCAAGAGAAGCACACCCUGAUUCUAAGUACUGUGAAAAACACAUGCACAGAGGAAGAAACCGUGCCAAAAAAUCUAUUGAUCAGAGUCAGACAACAGCUCCUUUAACAUCACCAUCUCUCUCUUUCCCCAACAACAUCCCAAGCCCCACCUUGUCCUCUUCUUCUACUACUUAUUAUGCUUCUUCUUCAUCCCCAUUAGCUGAGGCUUACAGUAACAGCAAUAGGUUUGGUGUUGGUAGUAGUAACAGUAGAGGUUACUUCAAUAAUCAUUCCUUUGAUUAUCCUUACCCUUCAACUCCACCUAAACAGCAACAACAACAACAACAAACUCUUAGUCAUGUUUCUGCUUUGUCACUUCAUCAAAACACAUCUACUCCUCAACUCAAUGUCUUAGCCUCUGCAACUGACCACAAAGACUUCAGAUAUUUUCAAGGGAUUGGGGAGAGAGUUGGAGUUGGGGAAAGAACUUUUUUUCCAGAAGCUUCUAGAAGCUUUCAAGAUUCUCCAUACCAUCAUCACAAACAACCGUUAGCAACAGUGGUGGAUGAUCCGUACGACUAUACUACUGAUAAUAAGUUUGAUCAUCAUCACACAUACUCAUCUCAACAUCAUCAUCAUAACGACCAAGAUCAUCGACAACAACAAUGUUUUGUUUUGGGCGCCGACAUGUUCAACAAACCCACAAGAACUGUCUUGGAAUACACAUCGAGACAAGAUCAUCUUAAUCAAGAAGAGGAAGAGAAAGAUUCAUCGGACACGAAGAAGUCUCUUCAUCAUUUCUUUGGUGAAGAGUGGACACAGAACAAGAACAGUUCAGAUUCUUGGCUUGACCUUUCUUCCCACUCAAGACUCGACACUGGUAGCUGAUUGAUGAGGCCAGAUAGCAUCAGUGAUGGGUCUGCACCAACACACACACAAACACGUUUGAAGGGUCACAUUUCACAUCUAUUUCCAUGGAACAUUGAGACAAGACACUGUUUGCAGAACCCUUAUAUGUAUAUACAUUAGUAUAAUGAUCUCUUUCUUCUCUCUAUUCUCUAUGUCUUGUGUCUGUUAGGUCCCAACAGGAAAAUUGAUCCGACAUUUAUCUCUGUGUGUGUUUCUCCUGCUUUUUCUGGCUGCUGUUUUUUUGUUCCAGGCUAUCGUUUUAUUAUAUUUUACAGUAGCUGAA